AUGGGGCAACCAUUGCAGCAGAGGCAGCGGCCAGGGGCGACGGUGUUGCAACGGGAGGUGCAGCAGGAUCCGCCACGUAAAACAGAGGAGGUGUUGAAGAGGCGCCAAGAUCCACUGCGCCAAGGAGACAAGGGUCAGCAAGAAGCUCUUGGCAAGAAGACGUGCGACACACACCCGACGGCGCAGGGGAAGGUGGCCGGGCAUCAGAUAUGCGCGGCGGAGCAGUCCGAGUUCGUGGAGGAGUAUCGCGUCGGCGACCCCGGCUACCGUCCGGCAAGGGGUCGCUGUGUUCUCUCCUGGACUAGGGGGAUGGAGCGCAACGAACGCUGGCUCGGGGAGCACGCGCUCCUCGCGUCGGUUCUCAUGGGCCGACCACCGGUUUCUCCUGGCGAACUACUGGAGGCCAUCGAGCACAGCACUGGCGUCCUCGCACGCGACGUCCGCGUGGAGGUGACACGCACGGAGGAUUUCCUCGUCUCCUUCCGCAACACAAGAGACAAGAACGCGGUGUUCAGGCGAUCGCACGAGCUCCUCUGCAACGAUGUGCCAAUCUCCUUCAAGCUCUGGAGCAGGCGGAGCUGGGCCACCAGUUCUGAACUGAUGUUCUUCACCAAGAUCGCCUUCGACGGCCUUCCAGUCCAUGCGUGGGAAGAGGAAGCGAUGCACAAGCUCGUCAACGUCCUUGGCGGCCGGCUGGUCGCGCUGGUGCCGGCAGACGACGCGCGGUGUUUGGAGGCUUUCGCGUGGUUCAAGGACCCUGCAGGCCUCCCGCACCGCUACGACGUUGAGAUCCCGGAGCGAGCGGGCGCAGCUGGCUCCUGGCGCGAGAGUUCUUCCUCGGCUCUGCCGCCGGCGCCAAGACGGGUGCCAACCCUCGUCUACCCCGUCAUCAUACAUGUGGAAGAAGUGAUCGACCCUACUCCGCUGCACAUCGCGCGCCGUCUGCAUGAUGACCACGACGGUGACGUCGUUCCACGUCGGAACGCGUUCUCGUGUUGGGUGGGGCGGUACGAUGGCUCUGGUCCAUGGGGGACGGAGCAAGGAGGGGGCCAUGUCUUCGGGGGCGCUAGCGGCUCGGCGGGGGGCUUGGACCGCCACUCGCACCGUUCUCUGCCCGGAGCUGAGGAUCGUGAGCAGGAAUCUCUUCAGGGAGGCGCUCGUGGUACAGUCGUGGAGACGGCCACCAGGGAGACUAGGUCCGGUUUCGCGGCGUCGGCGCAACCCGGCAAGCAGCCGGACGACCUGGCGUUGGUCCUUGCGACCCAGUUCCAUGGGGCAGCGACCUGGGAGGUGGGUUUGGCUUCAGCUAAGGCUGCCGACCGACCUGAGGAUCUGGCAUGCCAGGGGGCGGCGACCUCCAUGGCGCUGCCGGCGACGGAAACGGCCUGGGGGGGAGUUUGGUUUUCGCCGCAGGCAGCGACGGCGCGAACGACGACGUUGGCCGCAGAAUACGUUGAUGAUGCCAUGUUCCAAGAAGACCCGGUCGCGGGCCUUGACUUCCAGGAGCUCAGAACCAAACUCACCGGCGGUGAGCUCACCGAGGAAGAACAAGCGGGCGGGGGCGGCCGUGACGGCCGGGUGCGGGAGGGCGCCUUUGCGCCGGCCGAACGCCGCCUGACCCAGGAGUCCGUGGACGCGGUGCUGGUGGACCAACUGGAGUUCGCGCGGCCCGAGGUCGCCGCGACAUUAACUCGCCCUGCGACAGCCCCAGACCUCUGCAGGCCGGGUCUACCGCGUGAUGCGGUGGCAACAGUGGCAAAAAAGCUGCCCUUUGCGGAUCAGCCGCAGGAUUCGCGACCAACCGCCGAGGAGGAGAGAGCUGCGACCGCAUUGAAGGCAAAGGAGCACGCCGCGCCGGGAACAGUGCCCUCGGGAGCACUGGGCGGGAGCUCGGCUUCCAAAUCGCCAGCCGGUGGGCUCAUAGUCUACGGCCGAAGGCCAAAUAAGACGGUGCCUAAGCGCCCAUCUCGCGUGGAGGCCCAAGCAAAUGUUGACUCCCACGACCAGGCCUCGGAGACCGGCCCGGCUAGCUUCACGCUGGGUCUCACACAGGCAGAAGCCCACCAGAAUGCGACGAGCCAGGAGACAGUAGUUGAGGCGGCCCAACAACGGGCGCUGGUGACCCCAUCCACUCCGGCCCCCGAGAUCCAGGACUUCAUCCAAUCCAUCUCGCUGUCGCCACCAGCAUCUAUCCUAGGGCGACCACCGCCAGCGUCGAUGCUGGCGACCAGAUCCUGGCGCCGCAACACCAUUCCGGCCGAUUUCACCCCAUGGCGAAGUCCGCGAAUCUCGCUGCAAGGAAGCGGGGCUCACAAGCACGUCAUCUCCAAAGCUCAGAAGGUCAUUAUGAAGAAGUUGGGGAUUGUGGAGGAGGAAGAGGAGGCAGAACAGGAGGCGGUGCGGCGGUUCAUCGGCCUCUUCGACCAUCCGCUAUCUCCGCAGCACUUGGAGGCGAUGGCCAGCCUGCUCGAUGUCGACAUCUCCCCGCGCGCCCAGCAGUUGCCAGAGGAGCUAGCUCGUGCAGCAGCGGCACCAAUUGCUUCGCCAGCCUGA